UAAAAUUACUUUUUGUGAAUAAAAAGCAACAAAAAUAGUAAUGUCAGGUAGAAGCAGUCCCAAUAUUUCUUUUUUUCAGCGAAUUUUGUGUGAAAAUCAUGUGAGAAAAGAGUCAUUAAUUAUCUCACUGAUAUUGCCCUCUCGAUGAGAGAUGCAGAAGAGGCACCUCAAAGGACUUAAGGAAUGCUGCAGAGGUUCUAUUUAUAAUCGCUUUAAAGAUUGAAUGAGAAGAAAUAUAAAAUUUUGUCGUAGAACAAAGCGAUCGCGAGACUCGAGUGAGAAUCACUGAUCUCUCUAGAGAAUGACUUUCGAAAAUUGCAAAUGUGCACUAUUUGGUCACAGGGUGAAGCAAGUAAGUGUUACUAACAUCUCUCAAAAUUCUCUGCAGUUCAUACAAAUUUAACAAUUUUAGUAAUAACAUUUUCUAAAUUUAUUUUCAGGCCUAAGAUCAUUCUUAAAUCAUUCAGAAAACAAAAUAUGUUUAGAAAUUUUUGAUUUUUUUAGUUUCCAGAACACCCUCUUCUAAUAAAUAAGGGUUCAUUUUGGUGGGACAGAAAUACAACAUGACCAGAAUGCUGUACGCAAUCGAACGACUAGUACGCUAAAAGUGAUUUUCCGUGCAAAAAAGUAGCAGUAUUUUGUACAUUGAUUUUAUCCCAGUGAUUUAUUCUGAAAGUUCUGUGCUGUGAAAGAAUAUUUAAAUCAUGAUUGUGACUUGGUGAAGUUAAUUGGUUUAAUUGCAGUGAAAUUAUGGCAAGUGUGGAUAAUCUGAAUUAUUUCUCUGAGAGAGAAACUGAGGAAAAUACAACGGAUACGGAAGAGGACAGUGGAAUAGCUGAUGAGUCCGAUUCUGUAAUUCACCUUAAAUGGCCAAAGAGGGAUCCUAAGCAAAUUCACGGUCAAACACCCAUCGGAUUGUACGACUAUUGGAGAGGUCUUGUCACGCAGGAGGCACAUUUUAGCACCCAAUUGGAUGCGGCCGAGAAAGAAGUCACCUAUGCACAGUCCAAAAUAACUGAACUUCAGUUGAGAAUAGAUGAAUUGGAGAGAGAUAUCGCAAAUAAAACCUGGGCUAUUGAGAGACUUCAGGCGGAAUUGGUAUCGGCCCAGAAAGAAGAUGAAUGCGUCCGGAGAAAGUUGAGACUGCAGGAGGCGGAAAUGGGUGUGAUGAAAGAUAAUGCUGCAGAUAGGGAGGAUGAACUGAUGCGAAAAUACAGUGAUCUCGAGGUGACUCGCAAUGAACUGGAAAUUAAAUUGAAGGAUAUUCAGCAUUUUACCAGCAAUCUCCAAGUUCAACUUGCAGAAGCUCAGAGCAAUGCAGACAAUGCCCGGAAGGAGAGGGAUAGGCUGAAGGAUGAACGUGUGGAGGAGCAGAAGCUCGUACAGGACACAUUGGAUGCAGCACUGACACAGAAGGAUCAGUUAGAGGCAAAAUUUGAGCAUUUACGGAAUGUCAAUCAAGAACGGGAAGAGCGUCUGAUGGAAGAUUGCGAAUGGAAGGUGAGAGCCAUGCAGAAAAAAUGCAAGGAACGCCUAGAAGCCAUUACCAAGGAGCACCAGCAAGCUAUGGAGACCAAUACAAAGCUUAAGGCAACAGCUGAACAGUACUUGAAGGAACUCAAUCGGCUAAAGACCAUAGAAUCAGAAUGCAAUGCCCUGAGGGGUUUAACUUCUGACCAAAGGGACAGCUUAAUGUCUGUCUCAGUGCAACUGAGUGAGGUCAAGGCUGAACUAGAGACGGCAAAGCUGCGUGCUGAACAGGAGAUUCGCACUGCUCAAAAGAUCAAGACUCAGUGCCAAAAUGAUCUGCUGGAUGAACGAAGGAAUGCGCACAUGAAGCUUGAAGAGACACGCAUGCAGAUCUCAAUGCAAUGGGAAAAUAAACUCCUGCAGGAGAUGAUGCGUCUCAAGUACGAACUGGAGUCAAUCUACACAGAAGAACGCAAGGAGGCGCUUGAAAAGCUCAAAAAGGACUUUGAGAAAGAACUAGCGGAUCUCGUUCAGAAGCACAAUAACGUAGAACAGGCUCUGCGGAAAGAGAUCGCUGAUCUCGAAGAAACCCUGAGAGAACGUAUCCACGAAUUGAGGGAAGUCUCGGCGAAAUGUGACAAACAGGCCAUAGAUGCAAGGAUGUAUGUUGAUCGUUCCGAUCGAAAUAAUCAACUUAUUUUAGAUCGUGAAAUUCAGUAUCGCGAGGAAAUUGUAGCAAAACUCGAGGAUGAACGUGAAGAGGAGCGAAAGGAGAUGGAGAGGCAAUUCUCCGAACGGCUUCAAUCUGUUUCGGAUGAAUUUGCACAAGAACUGUACAAUAACACAGAAGAAUUGGAGCUGAAGCACAAGAAGGCUUUAGAGGUGCAACGUGAAAAAUUGAUGGCAGAAAAGGAAGAAGCUUUGCAGAAUCUCGAAGCGAAGCAUAAGCAGAAAAUAUCAUGUUUAGAGACUAAAAUGAAAGAACUCGAAAUUACGCAUCAACGCGAUUUGAGCGACAUGGAGCGCAACUACAGCAUAGAACGAUCAACUCAUGAGCAGCGAGAUCAUCAGCAUGCCCAAGAAAUCGAUACAUUGCACCGAAAGUGUCGUUGUCUGACCAAAUUAUUUGAGGAGAUGCGAAUGCGCUACGAACGUCGUGAUCCUCGUCAAGAGGAUGUGCGACAAAUUGCCGAACUCAAGGAAAAGGUGGAGCAGCAAGAAAGGGAUCUCCAUCGACUCACUGAGGCUCUGCGUGAAAUGCAGAUCACGCAAUUUGGCCAAGCAGCUCCAUCGACUCCACCACGGAAGCCGGGCCGGAAUGCUGCCAGGAAGAAUCGCAAUAGCGAUCUCAAGAACAAAAUGACCAAUUGUGAUGUCAUCUAUGAAGAGGAGCAAGAGACCGAGCAGUCCGUGGAUGCGGCAAAUGGUGUUGAUCAUGACUGAGGCGCGUAAUCUAUUUUCAUAUUCAACCUAACAUGUAAACUGCCUCUUGGACUUGAGCUUCUCCUAAUCGCGUUUUUUGUCUGUCUUUCUUCUUUUUGUAUAUUGUAAAUAAAUAAGAAUAUUAUAUACGAGGAGAAA